AGAUGCGCCUUUAGCAACCGCAAAGGAGAGGGCAAAGGGGGAUUACAGAGGCUCUACAACAACAGCGUUCCACUGGCGGACUAUCUGCGUGUUUGUUCCAGAGACCGGAGACUCGGGAGCGCUGAGGAGUCGCGUUCCUGUCUGUCUCAGAACUGCGUAAAAACGAGGAUCAGGCGCGUUUGAGUUCACGUAUUGCGCGCUCACUCUCUUUCUCUCUGCCAGGGCUGGUGUGCCGGCAGGGCAUUAACGGAAUAGGCUACAUUUCGCUCCAUUGGCUGAUGAGACGAAUGCGGGUGGAAAUGGAUUAUGACUGACAAUGGAAGCUCACGUCGAGAGGAGCAGAUGUUUCUCCGCAGAAGUCAAAGAGAGGAUUAAACAUUGCCGUUCAUUAUAGCCGUGGAACUGUUUCCCCUCUGCAGAGAUUUUUGUUUUUAUUCUACCUUCUGCCCUUGUUGUAACCUGGUCUGUGUGAUCUUAACUCCAAAUUGAAACCCAUUCCCCAGCAAGAAAAUUAACAUCGGGUUCACUGCAUGUGAGGGCAAAAGAAAGAGGGGGGAAAAAAAGACAACAACCAACCCAAAAAUCCCUGGGGAAUCUCACGGGUGCAAGCAAUCGUCACCCCUCACUGCAAACCAAUGAUCCAUUAUUUUUGAAGGCGGACCACUUAAUCUACAAGGACCAAUUACUGAAGUGCAGGGCAGUGGGCCAAUAUGAAGGACGUGUGGCUUGUGGAUUGUUUGUUAAUGGGGCUCGCUGUGGCGGCCUUUGUUCCAGCUUCUGUGGCCAGAGUCGAUUGCCCCAAGUCCUGUGUGUGUGAAGUCCGGCCCUGGUUCUCCCCGACGUCGGUGUACAAAGAGGGCCCCACGGUGGACUGCAACGACUUGGGGCUUUUCGAGGUCCCUGAGAGACUACCCGCGGACACGCAGGUGCUGAUGAUGCAGACGAACAACAUUGUCAAGGUCGACCGGCCUUUGGAAUACCUCGUCAAUGUGUCCGAGAUCGACCUGUCGCAAAACAACGUGACGUCCGUGGCCGACCUGGACCUGGGUCGUCUGCCGCAGUUGCUCUCGCUGCACCUGGAGGAGAACUGGAUUUGCACGUUGCCCGAUGACGCGCUCUCCCGCCUCCCGAGCCUUCAGGAGCUCUACCUGAACCACAACCUGAUCUCGUCGAUCUCGCCGGCGGCCUUCAGGGGGCUCCGCGGCCUGCUGCGGCUCCACCUGAACUCCAACCAGCUCCGGACCAUCAGCAGCGAGUGGUUCGAGUCCACGCCGAGCCUGGAGAUCCUGAUGAUAGGCGAGAACCCCAUCCCCACUAUCCCCGAUUUGACCUUCAGGCCCCUGAGGAACCUUCGGAGCCUGGUCCUGACAAGGAUGAAUCUCUCGCAGUUACCCGACAACUCUCUGGCCGGCUUGGAGAACCUCGAGAGCAUCUCCUUCUAUGACAACACCUUCCCCGAGGUGCCACAUGGGGCCCUGAGGCACCUCAAGAACCUAAAGUUCCUCGACCUGAACAAGAACCCGAUCGGUCGGAUCCAGCGGGGUGAUUUUGUGGACAUGCCGCACCUGAAGGAGCUGGAAAUAAACAGCAUGCCGGAGCUGGUGUCCAUCGACAGCCUGGCCCUGGACAACCUCCCUGAGCUCACCAAGAUCGAGGCCACCAACAACCCCAAGCUGUCCUACAUCCACCCGAGCGCCUUCCGGAAGCUUCCACGCCUGGAGACACUCAUGCUGAACGGCAACGCACUGAGUGCCCUGCAUCGGGUCACCGUGGAGUCGCUGCCCAAUCUGCGCGAGGUCAGCCUCUACUCCAACCCCAUCCGCUGCGACUGCGUGGUUCGCUGGAUGAGCGCCAACCGGACGCGCGUGCGCUUCAUGCAGCCCGACUACCUCUUCUGCUCGGAGCCACCCGAGUACGAGGGCCAGCGCGUGCGGCAGGUGCACUUCCGCGAGAUGACCGAGACGUGCCUGCCGCUCAUCUCGCCUGAGAGCCUGCCGGCGCGCCUGAGCGUGGCCAACGGCAGUGCCGUCUCACUCCACUGCCGCGCCUUCGCCGAGCCCGAGCCGGAGAUCUACUGGAUCACGCCGGCGGGCACGCGCGUCCUGCCCAACACCGUGACCGAGAAGUACUACAUGCACCCCGAGGGGACGUUCGACAUCUAUGACAUCACAGAGAGCGAGGCCGGCCUGUACACCUGCGUGGCUCACAACCUCAUUGGUGCCGACCUGAAGUCCGUCUCGGUGGAGGUUAACGGAUAUUUCCCGCAACCGGCAAACAACUCCUUCAAUGUGGACAUCAAGUCCAUAGAGGCCAACUCGGUGCUGGUGUCCUGGAAGGCGUCCCACGGGAGCCUGGCGCCCAACAUCAAGUGGUUCACCGUCUCAGGCACGAAAAACCCCACCGUGGCAUUCACCGCCCGCGUCCCGUCCGACGUCAAGGUGUACAACCUGACACACCUCUCUCCAGCCACCCAGUACAAGGUGUGCGUGGACAUCCCCAACGUGCUGCACACGCAGAGGUCCAAGUGCAUCAACGUCACCACGAAGAAGGUCGAGGCCACUGCGGUGGCCGCUGCGGUGCUCGCGUCCGAACGCUGGGACGUGGCGGUCAUCAGUGUGUUCGGCGUGCUCCUCACCGCCGUGUCGGUCGCCUGCUUGCUCAUCUACGUGCACCUAGGGAACCAGCAACUCUACGGAGACCUGCGCAAGUGCCGGUCCACAACUCCGUUGGCACCGCAAGCGGCACUGCACUCCCCCUUCACCCGGCUCUGGGUGGCGGACAAAGACAUGCCAGGCGCAGAGGAAGUGAGAGCCACAGUCAUAAACGUGUCGGACAACGCUUUCUAAAAUAAACGAGAGACACGAUGCGUUACCCACAUCAAUUAACAAAAAAAAACUCUCAUAGCCACAGCCAAAAGGACAGGGUCAUUGAAGGACAAGCUGCCACUACUCUCUGAAAUAACAACGUCCCUGUUUUUGUCAUGGCAAACUUUGACAUUUCAGGAAACCAGUUGCAAAUGUACUUUUAUCGUGGGAUUGUUGGUGGCCAAAACUAUAAAAGGAACAGAAACAGGAGUUCAAACCUCUGUUAUCAUAACCUUUCUGCGUCAGUGGGCCUAAGGACUGUGGCGUCGGCUUGGGAAGCCAUUGCUGAAAUCUGGGAGCCACAUCUCGGACUGUCUGCAGGGUUGAUCUAAGAAGCCAGUUUUGUCUCUUGUGACUGUUAAAUGUGUUAAAGAGUAGUGGAACAGUCCUUGUGAUCCUGAGCAAUACCGUCUGUGCUGUGCAUUCAUAGACGAGUUAGACGCCACCCGUUUCAUAAAGGAAAAAAAAAAACUCCCUUGUAGAAUAGACGACAACAACAAUGGCGGUGUAAAAGUUUUGAU